AUGCCAGCACCAGUUGCAGGUGUGGCAGGCAACUGGGCAUGCUUGCUGUGUAACAACGUGAACUUUGCCUCGCGCGAAGCUUGCAAUCGCUGCUGGGCGCCACGGGAACCGCCUCAAGUACAACAGCUGCCACAAGGAGGACACUUCGCAGUAGCAAGGAAAGGCCCACCUGUUGCCGGAGUGGACGGAAACUGGGCCUGCGUGGCAUGUGGCAACGUGAACUUUGCCCAGCGGGAUGUCUGCAAUAUCUGCCAGUUGCCUUGGGCCCCAGCUCAGACGAAGACCAGCGGCGGCAAAGGCGCGCCCGUGGCCGGAAUAGAUGGAAACUGGCUUUGCCCUGCAUGCAACAAUGUGAACUUCGGCACACGAAACGCAUGCAAUAGGUGUGGUCUUCCCAAGCCAAUAGACCGAGCUCGACAAAGUCUGCUAGCAACAGCGCCGAAGUCGGCCCCCAUGCCAAAGCCCAAGUCCGUGGCGCCUGUAGCUGGGGUGGAUGGCAACUGGCUUUGCACAAACUGCGGAAAUGUCAACUUUGGAUCCAGAGACAUGUGCAAUCGCUGCAACAUGCCAAGACCGGCUUCGCCCGAGUGGCAGGAGCCUACUUGGCAGGGGCCGGACUUCAACUGCCCCAACGUGGUGGACACCAGCGCCCCCAAACGUGGGCCGCCAAUUGCAGGAGUGGAUGGGAACUGGGCGUGUGGUCUCUGUGGCAACGUGAACUUUGCCUCACGGGUCAGCUGUAACAUGUGUCAAGCACCCCAGGGAGGAGUCGCCAGCAAGAAGCGCACUUCUAGCGUGCCUGGUGCUCCGGUCGCGCAGUUUAGGGAGAGGGGCCAGGCUCCUGUUGCCGGCGUGAACGGUAACUGGCAGUGCCUCAUGUGCGCGAACGUGAACUUCCCCCAGCGCACCGUCUGCAACGUUUGCGGUGCACCACAGCAGCCUGCCUUCCAGGCCAAGGGUGCCAAGGGUGGCCCGCCGAUUGUCGGCGUGGAUGGCAACUGGGCCUGCCCCAGCUGUGGCAAUGUGAACUUUGGCACUCGGCUGGCCUGCAAUCGCUGCAAUCUCCCAAAACCAGGCGCGUGUGAACCUUGA